AACGCCAACAUCAGUCUCUCCGACACGUAUUAUCAUCUCCCAUCCGUGUAACCUGAGUGCGGAGUGAAGGCCAGCUCGCCAUAGGAGGUACCGCUCCAGAUGUGUCCGGCUUCAGUAUGAACGCCAUUGAUGCCACCGAUCGUGCUGUAGCGGAGCAAGAUAUCGAGCCACCCUCACUGCUCACCAUCAUCAUUGACACUAACCCGCAUGCCUGGGCUCUCCUUGACGACACUUUGCCACUCACGAAAGCAGUAGCCAGUCUAUUGGUCUUCAUCAACGCGCAUCUGGCAAUCAACUACACCAACCAAGUUGCUGUGAUCGCGAGUCACUCCGAGCGAGCAGAAUGGCUGUACCCUACCGACGUCCACCCGGACAAUGUACAGUCAAACGGAGCUUUGGCGAACGGCCGGGACUAUGAAGAUCUCAUGGAUCGAGGAGGCCCAGUCCAACCGCCCGACGAUGCCAACAAGUACCGACCAUUCGCUCAACUCGAGCAUACCUUAAUGUACAACCUCCGCAAAAUGAUGAAUACGACCACGACCGAUGCUAUCAACUCCUCUCCAGCAACUAUGCUAGCUGGUGCUCUCACGCGCGCACUCGCGUACAUUUCCAAGCAGACUGCCUCUCUACCGACAGCAACGUCCAGCACACAGUUCAACUACUCCGACCCUUCCGCAAUGGCUGGUGGCAACGAGCUCACCACCGACCCCACCAAAUCCGCAAACGCCCUCGGUCUAAGCAGUCGCAUCCUCAUCGUAUCCGUCUCCGGCGACCUCGCAGACAGAUACAUUGAGAUUAUGAAUUGCAUCUUCGCAUGCCAACGCAUGAGCGUCCCCAUCGACGUGCUGAAGCUCGCCGGUGAUCCCGUAUUCUUGCAGCAGGCCGCCGACACCACCGGCGGCAUCUACAUGUCACUGUCUACCUCUACAGCACGGGCAGGGUUACUACAGUAUCUGAUGUUCGCCUACCUGAUGGACCAGACCGCGCGAAACCAUCUCAUCGCGCCUGGCGAGGGCGAAGGAGUAGACUUCAGAGCGGCAUGCUUUUGCCACAAGCGCGUCGUUGACAUAGGUUUCGUCUGUUCGAUUUGUCUUAGCAUCUUUUGCGAGCCGCUUCCGGACGGCACGUGUCUGCUUUGCGGGAGUCACUUGAGCAUGACAAAUUAUGGACGGAAGCCGGUGGUUGUGCCGAAGAAGAAAGUCAAAAAGAAGAAGCGACCGACUGAGAGCGGCACAGACACGCCGGCAAGCGGUGCAGGCACGCCAAUGCCUGGGUGAAGGUGGAGAAGCGACCUUUCAACACGACAGCGCUCCUUCCAGCAUACAGCCCAGGCUUUCAACGCAAUACCUAUGAUAGGGGCGGUCAUCUAAAAGCGACAGACGGGACCGCACCUUUACAAAAUCUGCCAUUGCAACAGCCUGAAGCACGGCUGCGUGUUUCAAUUAAUCAAUACGCUCCCGCACGUGGGCUCCAUCCGGUCAUCGGACUGAGGCUGACC